AUGAAUAAGACCAGGCACCAGUCUCUGUUCUUUGUCAGUCUGCCAGAGCUGCAAAAACUCUGUGCUGCUACAGUAACACUGAGCUCUCAGAUACCAGAAGCUGAGACAAGGAGUACACAGAUAAAGGUUUGCAGAGAGCUGUUAUUCCUGUAUCAAGAGGUCCUUUCUGCACCUGUUAUUGGAACACUGAAUCAAAUGUCAGUUGUAAUGGCGAUACCAUUUUACAACUCAGGAAUAUUUCAAGCCUAUGUAGAGAGACAAGGAGCUACUCUGGAAGCACCACAAACAGUUACUCCAGCCAUUCUCCAAACCUGUCUCUCCUAUACACUUACAGCCAGACUUGCACCCAAAUGGAACAAGGCUGGCCAUCUCUUGGUGCAAGGAAAAGACUUUCUGUCUCAUUCAGGAAAGCAAAAUGCUGUUGUUUUAGACCUCAGUGUGUCAGAGAGACAGCUUUGCAUCAGUGUGGAAGCUUGCUCUAUUCGGUUGCCACCCCCUGAGCUGGGAGAUUUCGAUAUUUCAGAAAACACUGUAAAGCUGUUUAACAGCAAUGAAAAUACAGUCAUUCAACAACAUUCCAUAUUAAGUAACUGGUGCUAUGUUUUGCCAAGCAUGAAAAUGGGUCAGAUCAUAAACAUCAGCCAUAUAAUUCCUCCAGAAUCUCCUUUCCGUUCAUAUAAAGAAUUUCAGAUGCACUGGAAGAGUUUGUAUGGAUAUAUUCUUCCUGAGGAUCUUGAAGAGACAAAAAUAUAUUUGAGUGUUUACUUCAAACCAAUAGGGGAAAGGUUCUUCACGUAUCCUUUAAGUUGCGUUCGAAGUCAGCCGGUGCAGUAUUUCCCCAGAACAGAUGCAGAAAGUGUAGUGAACUCUUUUGUUUCUGACAUGAAGAGCAAUCUUUCACAACUGUGUGGAUUCCCAGUGAAGAUGACAAGUAAAGCACUUUAUGCUGCACAAGAACUCUCCAGGGCUCCGGUGGGUGAAAUAAAAUCUAAACAUAUGAAAUUGGAUGGUGAGAUGGUUUGUGUAGUAUCUCUAACGCAGGCUCCUCCACCAAGGAAACCGACUUUGCCUAGAAUUCCUUCACCGUGCAGUACGGAAAACAGCCACUGGAUGGAGCGUUUGAUCAAAGAGCCAGAAACCCGCAGUAUUUCGAGUAGCGGCGAGGGCACAGGAGAGGUUAGCGUUGAAGAGACAGAGAAAUCAGUGAAUAACAAGCAAAUAUCAGGAGUAACGGAGUCACCAGCUGCGAAAUCUUUAGGAAUACCCGUAAACUCAACCUUUGAGCUCCUUCCCCCAAAAGUCAGCAAAAUUAUACCAAUUUUCAAAGGAAAGUUGAUGCAAAUGAAUGGGAAGGCCACAAAUCAAACGGAUAGGAAGAAAAGGGAAAAUGCUGAAAGACUAAUAAAAGUUACGGGUGCUUCAUCUUCUAUGCUGACUGUUCACAAGUCCAGCAUAACUCAGGUUUUCAAACAAGUUCAAAAUCUGCCAGUCAAAAAUCCUACUGACAGCAGCAUGAUGAAAACAAAAACAGGCACAAAACACAGUGCACCCAUAUUUCGAUGGAAAACAGAGUCUGGUGGACAAAUUACUAAUUCUGAUUUUUUGGAAAACUCUGCUUCAGGUGGGAAUCCAAGUGAAGUCAAUCAUAAAAAGGCAAAUUCUCCCUUCUUUCUUAAGAAUGUUGAGCCAGUGCUUCAGAAAUCCAACACCAAUCUGAGUCUGAAAGCACAUGCAUCUCCUACUUCCAGUGCAAGAAGGGGAAAAAAGUUUGCAAGUCAAAAUUCCCCGCAAGUUCUUAAGGAACAACACCAGUCAGAGGAAUUGCAUUCACAGAUUUGUAAAUUAGACAAUGAAAUUAAAAAUUCCAGUUUAUCACUGCAACAAACAAAGAGAUCAAAUAAAGGAGUGGGAUUAAAUAUUCAUGAAUCUGUCUUCAAAGAUAUAGUUUGCGUCGCCAAAAGUGAAGAAAAUAAAGCAUCAUGCCAUUCUAAGGACUAUGUCGCUAAGACAACCAGUCAUCAUUCCAAAUCUAACUUUGAACAGAUGAUUACGGGGAACAAGCAUCUGACAUGCGAAACACUGACCUCAGAACUGACUUGGUCAGUCAAGGACAGCAAUAUGGAAGCAUCUGUAAAGAAAGGUUGUGCCAGAAGAAGACAGAAAGAAGAAGGUUAUUCGAAACUAAGGAAAGUCAAAAGAAGUAAACCUUCUACUUAGGAUGUUCUGGAGUACUGAGAGAAAACUCUG